GAGCGUUCAUUAGUAUAUCUAUGUCUUUUUUUGAAGCUGGCAAUAACUCAAUAGUUGUUAUUAAACAGUGUAAUUUGUUGAUCUCGUCUACUAUCUAGUGUCGUUAAGAAAUUUAAUUGUUUGUCACUAAUUCAUAAUAAUCUAUUUCUAACUUUAAAAAUGGAUGAUGAUCUAGAGGAAAUGACGCGAUUGCGUCAAAUGCGGAACAAACAGCAACAGAAAAAAAGUUCUAUAAAAAAUACAAAUUUGGAAAAUAAACCAAGCUCCUCAAUUGCAAAUAACAGCGAUGAAGAUGCCAUGUCAUCUCUCAUGGGAUUCUCUAGUUUCGGCAAGAAAGCUCGUACUUUUGAUUUUGAAGCUUUAUUUGAACAAACUAGAAGAGCUGCCAAAGAAAAAUUCGGCUCUGCUGCAGAGAGUGUGGAAAAGGACACUACUAAAAAUACAAAAACUAAUGAAUCGUCAUCUAGUGAUUCUGGAGAAUCCUCAUCAAGUGGCUCAGGAGAAUCCUCAUCAAGUGACAGUGAUUCUGAAGAUGAGCUUAUAGGUCCACCGGUGCCUGAGAACAUUUUAAAAGAUCAAGAAGCAAAAGAGGAUAGUUCUGAUUAUGAGGAAGAGACUUCCACUCUUUUGGAGGACAGGUACAGGGUUAUACCAGUGAGUCAUGAAGUUCAGUUGGAACACGGGAAUAAAACCGUAUCUGCCAUAAGUCUAGAUCCAAAUGGAGCCAGACUUAUAUCCGGAGGAUAUGACUUUGAUAUUAAAUUUUGGGAUUUUGCUGGUAUGGAUGUAUCCUUGCAAUCAUUUCGUAGUCUUAGACCCUGUGAGUGUCACCAAAUAAAAAAUCUCGAAUACAGCAUUACCGGUGAUGCUAUUUUAGUAAUAGCUGGCAAUUCACAAGCCAAAAUUCUAGACAGAGAUGGAUUUGAAUUAAUGGAAUGUGCCAAAGGAGAUCAAUAUAUAACCGACAUGGCUAAAACUAAAGGACAUGUCGCUAUGCUGAAUGAUGGUUGUUGGCAUCCACGUACAAAAGAAGAGUUUUUAACAUGUUCAAAUGAUGGAAGUGUAAGGAUCUGGCAAAUGGAUGAAAAAGCAGUUCAACGUAAUGUUAUAAAACCACGGCAACAAGGUGGAUUGAGGGCUUUGCCUAUAUCAUGUCGCUACAGCAGAGAUGGAUUGCUGGUGGCAGCGGCGUGUCAGGAUGGAUCGAUUCAAAUGUGGGAUCAUCGUAAACAUUUUGUCAAUACAUCGCAUCUCAUACGAAAUGCACACGAAAAGGGGACAGAUACAUCAUCAAUAGCAUUUUCUCAUGAUAAUUAUUAUUUAGCCUCAAGGGGCGGAGACGAUACUUUAAAAUUGUGGGACAUCAGAAAUUUCAAACAGCCCAUAUUUGUUGCUAAAGAUCUUUUUAACAGGUAUCCAAUGACUGACUGUAGCUUUAGCCCUAAUGAUAAUUAUAUUCUUACUGGUAUAUCAUUAAGAAAACAUGAAAAUGUGGGGAAGUUGGUUUUUGUCGAUCGCAACACUUUUAAAACUGCUUAUGAACUAGAGGUUGGAGAUUCAGAUGUGAUAAGAAGUAUCUGGCACCCAAAAUUAAAUCAAAUAAUUGCUAGCACAAAAAGUGGCAACGUUAAAGUGUAUUACAAUCCUGAUCUAAGUGAAAGAGGAGCCAAGUUGUGUGUUGUUAAAACAAAAAGAAAAGCUAAGCAAACUGAGAUGGUUUUUGAACAACAAAUUAUAACUCCACAUGCAUUGCCUAUGUUUAGAGUUGACCGACCUAGAAGCACCAAAAAACAAAUGGAAAAAGACAGGAAAGAUCCUCUUAAAUCCCAGAGACCUGAUCUUCCGGUGACUGGUCCUGGUCAAGGUGGGCGUAUUGCGUCAGCGGGAAACACAUUAUCUUCAUUUAUUGUAAGAAAUCUUGGUUUAAAGAAAAAGAUAGAUGACACAUUAGAUCCCAGAGAAGCAAUUUUAAAAUUUGCAAAAGAUGCUGCAGAAAAUCCUUACUGGGUAACUCCAGCAUAUUCAAAAACACAACCAAAUCCUAUUUUUACUUCCAAUGAAGAAAAAACUGAUGAACCGCCUGCCAAACAAAUGAAGAUAUAGAAAUUUUAGAAAAUAUUCUGUGUUAUUUUAAGUAUACUUAGAAAUAUUAAACAUUAUUUUUUAUUAUGACA